CCGUUUGUUCCGGAUCUACACGAGCAACCAUGGCGGCAGAGGGAGAUGUGGAUUUGGACCUGGAAGCUGAGGAGAACUGCACUGGAAAACCGGCAGAAAAGCCUCGGAAACAUGAUAGCGGUGCUGCUGAUUUGGAGAGGGUCACCGAUUAUGCGGAGGAGAAGGAAAUCUCAAGCUCAGAUCUUGAAACAGCUAUGUCAGUGAUUGGAGACAGAAGAUCAAGAGAACAAAAAGCUAAACAGGAGAGAGAAAAGGAGCUGGCUAAAGUCACUAUAAAGAAAGAGGACGUAGAACUCAUUAUGGGCGAGAUGGAGAUUUCUAGAGGCGUGGCUGAACGCAGUCUGAGAGAACACAUGGGCAACGUGGUGGAGGCUCUGAUUGACCUGUCAAACUGAUGGGGAGAAACUGACCCCAGAGCUGUACUUAGCAGCAACAUUGGACACACUGGACUGCUUCCUACCCUGAUCAUUUACAUUGACUUCAUUCCCUGGCCUGAGUCAUACAUUGUCAACAGUAGUACAAGAACUAUUUCAUGUAUAUUCUUCAACAAUACUUAAAUUCUAGUCUUGUUUACUUUUGCAAGCACCUGGUUUUGCAUAAAAAUAAAUAUACAUUGAAU